CCGCACAGAGGCUACCCCGUUUAUCUUUGCAGUUCUCAUCAUUCGAACUCCAUCGCCACCGCACCGGAUACGCGAUGGCUUCGUAUCUGGAGAGUUGGGUUGACUCACUGAUUAGCAGUUCGGCGUUGGUGAGCUAUUGGAACUACAUUUUUCCAAUGCUGGUGGGUCUCUAUCUGGCCAUUUCUCUGUACGACAAACAUCGAUAUGGUGGAAGAAAGAAGUUGAGAAUUAUCUCCCCACCCACUGACUCAGCAACGGAUGCAACUAAGAAGCUGGAUGGUAUGGAGUAUGUUGGAGAACUGGACCAGGAUAGUGAAGAUCCUGAAGACGAUCUGGCGCCUGCUUUGGAAGAGAAACCGCGCGUUCCAUACCGUGGAGCUACAGUCACGUUGUCCAAAGAUUCUUCCGAAGCAGCGGAUAAGUUCUACGCGAUCGUGAACGAUCGCCGUAGCGUACGGAAGUUCAGCCAGCGUCCGGUUGAUCGAGAAAUUGUGGAAAGAUGUAUCCAAGCAGCCGGAACUGGGCCGAGUGGGGCUCAUACAGAACCUUGGACCUUCUGUUUGGUGUCCGAUCGGUCGAUCAAGGAGAGCAUUCGGGAGAUCAUUGAAGCGGAAGAGCUUAUCAACUACACGCAACGCAUGGCCAAGCAGUGGGUCACGGAUUUGCGCCCAAUUCAGACGAACCACAUUAAGGAGUACCUCACCGACGCACCAUAUUUGAUUUUAGUAUUCAAGCAAACCUACGGCCACAAAUUGGACGGUACGAAGAAGCAACAUUACUACAACGAAAUAUCGACCUCUAUCGCUACUGGGAUACUGCUCUGCGCGCUGCAGAGCGCGGGAUUGAGCUCACUCAUCACCACCCCGCUUAACUGUGGCCCAGCCCUGCGAAAUUUGUUGGAUCGUCCUCCGAACGAGAAGCUUCUCGUGUUGCUACCCGUAGGAUAUGCGGCUGAAGACUGCACCGUCCCUGAUCUGCAACGGAAACCGCUGGACGAGCUCAUCGUGCGCUACUGAGGGGUACAAGGAUUAGUGGUACCUCAUACUGCCUGUCCAGGCUGUCGGUUGCAAAAAAAUUCGGGCGCUGAUAUCAGAUAAGUUUGACAAACGCGACGAUAACGCGUGGGGCUGGGUGAUGGGAUAGGGAGAUGCAUAACACCACGUGCUGCUGC